GAUAUCUUUGACUACCUUCGCAACCUAGAAGUUUAAGGAAAUGCUGUCACGUCUACAACAAGAUGUGGGCCGAGAUUGAUAUUUUCCAAGAUGAGUGCAAUGCAGUCCACACCCAGCGCGGCGAGCCAGUACCACACUGGAGCCUCACCAUGCUGUGUGAGGAAUAGGACAAACUGCAGUUCAAGUUCAAGUCAAAGCCAAGCAAGCCCCCGGCGGAACCUCCAACAUUUCAAAACCCUCUACACCGUCUGGAAAUCCCGCUUCGUGGCAACCUUCCAAUCAGAUCGACAAAUCAACGUCAUGCAGGCAGCAAUUCGAAUAGAUUAUUAUGCGUUUCUGCGCUGCAAAAAGUCGUUAAUGAUAGAGUCACGGAAAGGCCUAGAGUUGCACCAGGUCCGGAUUUCAUGGAGACGCCGAGUUAGCUGGUUAAUAGGUAGUCGAGGCAUCGCAUGCUGCAGCCGGAGAUUGAUAAUUCACGUGAGAGGGGAAUGGAGCCCAGGGAAAGAGAUCAGAUGGAUGAGAAGGCUGAGGUUUGGGUUUGUGGUUUAUGGGUUUUCGUAUGAGGAGAGUGAUACAGAGUGGAAAACCUCACCGGAGAAGUUGAACGAGGGGCUGGGGAGUGGAUGGGAGGAUGUGGUUGGUUCUGAAAAGGUUCGAGGGAAAGCGACGCUGCACUGGAUCGAUGGAAGGGAGAAGGAUAUUGCCGAAGAAGAUCCUGCUAUUGCUAGCACCCAGAUCGAUGCUUUUAAAAAUACACCAGCGCUCCUCACCGGCCUCAGCAAAACACUCUCUCUAGCUAUCGCGCCUCAAUGCGUAAAAUCCUUUCUUUCCAUGCCUUCCACGCCUACAGUUAAAACAGGCGACUAUCACCUUUUCCUCCAAGCCAUCUCAGUAGAUUCCUCUUCGCCUUCUCCCCCUGAACCCUAGUCUUCAACCGCGCCAACCCGUCGGCAACGAAAGAGUCACUGCCCCAAAGGUUAGGACGGAAUAUUUAAGAUCAUUAACAUGUUGAUCUGGACUGAGCGCAAUGAGUUCAGAGGCGGCGCAGGAUACGGAGACGUAUUGGGCGCCUGCGGGGCCGCAUUCGUGAGAGGUGCAUAUUGGUCCCAUAACGGGAGUGGGAAGGAGGAUGUGAA